CGGCAGCACCGUGUUUCUUAAAAGGGAGAAUACAUUUUCCUUACCAUCUAGUCAGUCUAGAUUCCUCUUCCCCUUUUAUCAGGGAUGGGGAAUGGGUGUCCCGGGACCGCACGGCAGCCCCGCCUCUUCCUGAGGAUGGGCACGUGAUACCGGAAGUGGGUGGGAAUAAUAUGGAGGCGUUUCCGGCAGGCCCCGGCUGCUGAAAGCCGGGGCAGACGUGCUGCUCCCGGUCCGGGUUCUUGUCCCGGUCCCGCCCAGGCGGCGACUGAGGUUUGAGAAAGGAGGUGUCGGACGCGCUGGCCCACCGCCGCUGUACACUGCAGCCUUAUCUCAGCUCAAAAUGAACUAUAUGCCUGGCACCGCCAGCCUCAUAGAGGACAUCGACAAAAAGCAUUUGGUCCUGCUUCGAGAUGGAAGGACGCUCAUAGGUUUUUUAAGAAGCAUUGAUCAAUUUGCUAAUUUAGUGCUACAUCAGACUGUGGAGCGUAUUCAUGUGGGCAAAAAAUACGGUGAUAUUCCUCGAGGGAUUUUUGUGGUCAGAGGAGAAAAUGUUGUCCUACUAGGAGAAAUAGACUUGGAAAAGGAGAGUGACACACCCCUCCAGCAAGUGUCUAUUGAAGAAAUCCUAGAAGAACAAAGGGUAGAACAGCAGACCAAGCAGGAAGCCGAGAAGCUGAAAGUUCAAGCUCUGAAGGAUCGGGGUCUCUCCAUUCCUCGGGCAGAUACUCUUGAUGAGUAUUAAGUCACCUGCUCGGAGGCUAUUGCUCUUGGGGAGCAGGGGCUGUCACCCAAUGAAAAUGACAUCUGGUCACCUUACACAUUUGACUAGAGACUAGAGUUUUGGAAAGUCCUUUUUAUUUUGAAUUCUUUCACAUGUGCAACAUGAAGAAAACACGUGGCUUUUUUUUUUCCUUUUUAAUGACAAAAAUCAUGGUUAAAAAAAAAAAUCAGUGGCAAGGACUCCUUUCACAUACCACUGUGGAGCAGGCAACUACUUCUUUAUAUUGCUCUUCGUGUCCCCAAAUUAGCGUUCACAGAAGACAUUCUUCAUUUACUUGUAAAUAAAAUAAAAGUCUCAAAACUUGUGUUAUUUCCUAA